GUUGUAGGUAAAGCUAUGUAUAUGAUUUGCGUGGUAAACUAGGAUGCCUAGCUCUCCAUCGCGUGGGGCGAACGACAGAUAAGUUCGAGGUCCGGAUCGAAACACACAGCGCUUCCCUUACAUCCAUAUUCAACAUACAGUUAAGCUUACAAAGCGACCACUCCAAAGUAGUGGCAAAAGGCCCGUCGCUGGGGCUGCCUACGGGAGUGGAUAAGGCACGGAUAGCGUCUGCCGAAACAGCUACUUCUGAUUUCUACGUUGGCGGCAGGAAAAAUGAGCUAUCGGAUGUCAGCAUCGGACCUCCGUAUGGGUCCAGGGCACUUCCUGACUGGACUGAGAAACGAUGACAGCCUGCUGCGGCAAGUUUUCUUCUCCAUUUUGCGGCAUCACCAUCCGAACCUUGCUGCCAAGGUGGACGUCAUUUACGCGCUCAGCCAGGCCUGGUGCACCAGCCAGUCGGAUUCGGAUUUCGAGUUGCUGGUCAAGUACGUGUCGGAUCUCAAACCCGAGGAGCGCAUCCUGGUUGCCAGCUCCUUCAGCCACAUGCUCAACCUGCACAACCUGACGGAGGAGGUCAACAGCAGCCAGAUAGGCAGGGCCGUGAGGCUGGGGGAGAUGGACUCCCCCACGCGUGACACCAACCACUCGCUGCUCAAACUGACAACCGUCAACGGUCUGUCGCCGCAGCAAGUGUACGACUCGCUGUGUUCCCAAACAGUGGAGCUCGUACUGACGGCGCAUCCAACGCAGGCCCUGCGCGCCAGCCUGCUCAAGAAGUACGCCAUCGUGCGCCGGGAGCUGGACACGCUGCACUCCAAGCGCAUGAGCGAAUACGAGAAGAUCGAGACGCUGGAGUCCAUUCGUGCGGCGGUGCAGGCGGCCUGGCGUACGGAUGAGAUCCGCAGAUCCAAACCCACACCGCAGGAUGAGAUGCGCGGUGGGCUGGCCUACUUCUCCACCGUCAUCUUCGACGUGGUGCCCGUCUUCCAUCGCCGGGUGGACACGGCGCUGGAGAAGCUGGGGCUGCCGCGACUGCCGCUGGACCGCAUGUUGUUCAAGUUCGGCAGCUGGAUGGGCGGCGACCGCGAUGGCAACCCCAACGUCACGGCCGACACCACCCGGGAUGUGGUAGUGCUGGCGCGGCUGGAGGCGGUCAACGCAUACUUCAAACAGGUUGAGGGCCUCAUGUUCGACCUGAGCAUGUGGCGCUGCAGCCCCGAGCUCAAGGAGCUGGCGCAGCGCAUCGCGGCGGCGGAGAGCCGCGACGCGGUGCGGGUGGCGGAGGAGCGCAAGCGGCGCAACUACGCGGACUUCUGGGCGCCCAUCCCCGCCACCGAGCCCUUCCGAGUGGUGCUGUCUCACAUGCGGGACCGGCUGUACAACACACGACAGGUGCUGCACCAGUGCCUGAUCCACCCCGCCCUCUCCGUGCGCGCCGCCCUGCGCGAGGCGGGCGCCUACGAGGAUGCGGAGGACAUGGCGCGCCCGCUGCAGCUCAUGUACGACAGCCUGGUGGCCACGGGGGACGAGAGCGUGGCGCAUGCGCGGCUGCUGGACCUGCUGAGACAGAUCCGCACCUUUGGCCUCAGCAUGAUGGCUCUGGACAUCCGUCAGGAGAGCGCCCGCCACACCGAGGUGAUGGACGCGGUGACGCGCUACCUGGGGCUGGGGGCGUACGCGGGCUGGGACGAGGGCAGGCGGCUGGCCUUCCUGCUGGAGCAGCUGCAGGGCAAGCGCCCGCUGAUGCCCCCCGGCAUGGACAUGAGCCCCGAGGAGCGCGAGGUGGUGGCCACCUUCCGCAUGCUGUCGGAGCUGCCGGCCGAUAGCCUGGGUGCCUACAUCAUCUCCAUGGCCAAGACCGCCUCCGAUGUGCUGGCAGUGGUACUGCUGCAGCGGGAAACAGGCGUGCGCCCCGCCCUGCGUGUGGUUCCGCUGUUCGAGACCCUGGACGACCUGCACAAUGCGCCCGCCACCAUCUCCACUCUGCUGGCCAACGACUGGUACCGCAACCACAUCAACGGGGUGCAGGAGUGCAUGAUUGGCUACAGCGACAGCGGCAAGGACGCGGGCCGGCUGGCGGCCGCCUGGGCGCUGUACGAGACGCAGGAGAAGCUGGUGGCGGUGGCUCGGGAGUAUGGGGUGCGGCUGGUGUUGUUCCACGGCCGCGGCGGAACCGUGGGUCGCGGCGGCGGCCCCACCCACAUGGCCAUCCGCAGCCAGCCGGCGGGCACCAUUAAUGGCCACCUGCGCGUGACGGUGCAGGGUGAGAUCAUCGAGCAGCAGUUCGGCGAGAAGGAGGUGUGCUUCCGGACGCUGGACUUGUACACAAGUGCUGUGCUGGAGGCGGCGCUGGACCCGCCCCCCGCCCCCCGCGCCGAGUGGCGGGCGCUGAUGGGCCAGCUGGCGGCUGACAGCUGCGACACGUAUCGCUCCGUGGUGUACGGCACACCCGACUUUUACGAGUACUUCAUGCAGUCCACGGCGGCGAGCGAGCUGGGUCGUCUCAACAUCGGCUCCCGCCCCAGCAGCCGCAAGCAGGGCGGCAUCGAGACGCUGCGAGCCAUCCCCUGGAUCUUCGCAUGGACGCAGCAGCGCCUGCACCUGCCCGUGUGGCUGGGCAUUGGGGAGGCGCUGGAGGCGGCGUUCAGUAAGGGCCACCAGCCGGUCCUUCAGGACAUGUACGCCAACUGGCCCUUCUUCACAUCCACGCUGGACCUGGUGGAGAUGGUGCUGGCCAAGGCGGAUGCGCGGCUGUCCGCAUUCUACGAGCGCACGCUGGUGGAGCCGCGACUGGCGCACCUGGGGGAGCGGCUGAGGAGCCUCCUGGCCAACACGCAGUCCAACAUCCUGAUUGUGGUUCGCAAGAGCGCGCUGCUGGAGGGCAACACGCCCUCCCAGAUGUCCACCCCCAACCUGGACGAGAAGAUCAGGCUGCGUUCGCCGUACGUGGCGCCGCUCAACGUGCUGCAGGCGCUGAGCCUGCGGGGUCUGCGGAGGUUCAGGGAGCAGGGGGGGGACGGAGUGGAGUACAACCCCUCCGACCCGGAGAUCAUCGACCUGCUCUCCCGCGACCCCAAGGCCAGCCGCUGGCGUGCGGCCGGUGCUGCUGCCGGGGGUGAGGGCGGUGCGCAGCAGCCGCAGCAGCCGCAGCACCCCUACCAGGCGGCCAUGGACGACUGCCUUAUGAUCACCAUCAAGGGCAUUGCAGCGGGCAUGCAGAACACCGGGUGAAGAGGGACGAGGGAACGAGACGGGGCGAGGCGAGGCGAGAGAGGAAAUGUCGGAGCACGACCGUGCCAGGUCCCGGCUGUUGUUGUUGUUGUUGUUGUUGUUGCUGCUGCUGUUGAUAGGCGUGGUGGUGGUGGUGGUGGUGGUGGUGGUGGUGGUGGGAGGUACGGCUGGGGGUGUAUGUGAUUGGAUGCACACGCAGCUGCACAGGAGGUUCCCCGCCUUGCGACAUGCGUUGAGGAGUCUGUUUGUUGUUGUGGGUCAGGUAGCAGCUGGUGGCAGGCGCAGACGACUUCCGUAGCAUGGAGUGGACACUUGUACGCUAACUGAAGAACGCCUGGAGCGACCGGCCGGGCUGUAUAAGGGAGUGUUCGUCUACCGGUACUUGGAGGUUCAUGUGCGUGUAGGUGGAUGGGGGGGAUGGGGGGGGGGUGUGAGUAGCCCUUUUGGGGGUAAAGAGGAAACAUCGAAAGUCCUGGGGUGACUGGCCGUCCCAAGGGUGUGUCCAAGGUGUGCAUGGGCGCAUGUUUGGACGGGCGGGUGAGAGCGGACGAGCGUUGUUUCUGGUGCGCAGGAUGAUGCGUGCAUGUACGACAUGUUGGAAUUGUUUGGUCGUCUUGGGAGUCCGAGAUUGAAGAGCCAGCCAUGUGCAAAAUAGCUUAGGGAGGGUGUUCCUUGAUAAGAGGAUGGAGAAUGCACGCAUUCUGGCAUGCUUGCAUGCACGAAUAAAGCUGCAUGAUAAGGACAGAGAUGGCGGGCAG